CCUAAAACCCGCAAUGUCUGUCUGAUCACCGUCAAUGUAACUCGAGGCUUCAAGAACAGUUUCAUCAGUCGUCUCUAAAAUGUGGAAGCAUUUAAUAAUUUUAUUUACGAUAGGAUUUGAUGUGUUUUUAGGCACUCACUUUAGAGGAGCGAUUAUUAUGUGGGAGCCAGACGACACUGGACCGGUGAUCAAAGUUCAUUUCCGGAUAUCGUGGAGAAGAUCGUAUUCGUCACAUUAUUAUUGUGACGACACCAUCAUCAGUAACAGGACACUCAUCGGCACCGACUCCAUGACUUGUUUCUCAGGCUGUACAGGCAAUGUCGGAUCAUUGCAGUUUUUGUGUACUGAUUAUAAUACUGGCAACGACGACUGGACUACAGGCAGGAAUACCAUAACGUAUACUCCAGGAAGUACAGCCUUUACAUUUGGAUACACAAGUUGCUGCUGGAUUUCGACUCUCGUGUAUGGUCGUGAUAGCGACUGGCGGUUUCAGGCCACGGUGGACAUGAGUGUCCGGAACGACACAGGGAUCAUUAAUCGCUCUCCAACAGUCGAGAUGGCGCCCAUAGCUGUUCUUCUAUCAGGAUGCACCUACACUAUUCAAUUGCCAGUUGGCGAUGUAGAUGGGGACAUCGUCAGGUGCAGAUGGGCGUCAGGUGUGCUAAAUGAAUGCGCUGGAGUUUGCAACGCAGCACCAGGCGCGACAAUAAAUCAGGCCCAGUGCUCCAUUACUUACACGGCCUCCACUAUCGGCUAUUACGCAGUAGCCGUCCAGAUAGAAGACUUCAGAAGCCAGAUCAGCACUAUCCCUCUCAGCAGCAUACCUAUCCAGUUCUUGGUGCACGUGAUUUCAUGUACGAGCUGCACGUGUCACAGCGCCCCGGAGUUCGUCAGUCCAACACCCAAAUCGGACGAAUGUUACGCUAUCAAAGUGGGGGAUCAGUUUCAAGUUCCAAUCACAGCAAGGAGUAAAUACAUCCUGCGAAGUGUGACGACGAUAACCCCUAUCGGGAUGAGACGGUCCACGGCUACGCAGUCCACUGAUGGUACGUGGAACUUAAUGUCUGUGACCGUCACAUGGACGCCAGUGGCGUCUGACGGCGGACGGGACCACAGCCUCUGCUUCUACGCAACGGACAACAACAUCGGAAUAAGCAGCGUUGCACAGUGCAUUCGAAUAGCUGUGUCCGUACCAGGACCCAUUCCUUUACGAGUCGAACGCGUAGCGCUUACAAAUCUGUGGGUUAUUGUCAUUGAUAAGUCGUUUAAAAGACCAAACGCAUCGGCUUUCAUAGAGGUCUUCAAUACAUCGACUGACACUUUGAUCGAGAGCGUUGAUGUCGCGACAUCCAGUGACGUCGUGUAUGACGUUUACAACAGACGUAUCAACGUAACCCUUAGGUACCCAUACGAUAUUGACACAGACUACCACGUGAUUCUGCCACCAGGUCUCGUGGAAGGUUACGUCAGCUGCGGAGCUCUGUCGGUUGCCAUUAACAACACAUCGUUUUGGAAAAUAGAAUUAGACUGUGGACCGUUAACGCUUGGUAAUGGGUCGGUGUUGGCACCAAACGGUACUGCAUACCCGGCAAGCAUCAACUACGCGUGCAAUCCUGGGUUUGACUUAAUGAGAAACAAUACCCGCACCUGUCAGGCUAACAGAACAUGGACCGGAUAUGAUCCAUUCUGUCAGAUAAGGGAUUGCGGUCCUUUUGCUACUCCCUCUAACGGUCAUGCAUCAACGAGAUCCACCGUGUACAACACGACCGUUCUUUUCACCUGUGACACUGGUUACACUAUGAACGGAUCCGCACCAAUGUACUGUAAAGCGUCGGGAACAUGGUCUGAUGUUUCACCAGUUUGCAAUAUUGUCAACUGCGGUUCGCCCUCACCAUUAUUGGACGGCUUUGUCUCCAUCCCCAACGGCACUACGUUCAUGGAGCAAGCUUACUAUUCGUGUAAACCAGGCUUUGACUUAAUUGGCCAGCAAUCAAGCAUGUGUCAGGCUAACGCCAUGUGGACGUCGAUCACAAGAUCGUGUGUGCCGAAAGAUUGUGGUCCUCUAAACAGUCCUGCCAAUGGAAAAAUAAACAUAAAUGGCACAACCUUUGGCAACAGUGUUUCGUACACAUGCACAUUUGGUUACGCGCUCAUUGGAGACAUGUCACGCGUAUGCCUUGCCAGCGGACUGUGGAGUGGUAGCGAUCCUGUCUGCACCUUUAAAGAUUGCGGCUCACCAUCUGCACCGGCCAAUGGCUCAGUGUUCGUGCCGGUGACACUUUAUGGAUCCUACGCCUUGUAUGAAUGCGUCCGCGGCUACCAUAUUGACGGUAUAAGCACAAGAAAAUGUGAAGCUGAUGGAAAGUGGACCUUGCCUAUUCCGAAAUGUAUAUUAACAGACUGUGGUAACUUGACGUCACCCACCCAUGGCUCGGUGGGCUUCAACUCCUCUCUACUGGACAACUGCGCCAUAUACUCGUGUCAUACAGGGUAUGAAGUCAUUGGUAGUAAGAUCGUAUGCUGUCAGCAAAAUGGUACAUGGACGAGUUCAAAAUCUACUUGUACUAUAAAAGACUGUGGACCACUGAACCAACCCGCCAAUGGACAGAUGACAGUCAAUGCCACUACCUAUUUGGGGACGACGGUAUUCUCCUGCGAUCUGGGUUAUGAUGUAAUUGGUAGUGUGAUAUUGUUGUGUCAGGCUGAUGGAACAUGGAAUGCUUCAGAACCAGUCUGUCAAAUCAGAGAUUGUGGACCCUUGCUAGCACCAACCAGUGGCAUUGUCGCAUAUGCAAAUUCUUCGUUCGGAUCCAGUGCUUGGUACCAGUGUAACACAGGAUACGAUAUGGUAGGCAAUGGAGUACGUGACUGCCUGAGUAAUGCCACAUGGAGUGGACAGCCACCUGUUUGUCAAAUAAAAGAUUGCAAAAUACCUUCGAUUCCACUGAACGGCACUGCUUCUUUUAACAACACAACGUUUGGAUCAAAUGUCCUUUACAAAUGCGAUGCAGGAUUUGACCUUAUUGGUUACAACAUGCCAAAAUGUUUGGAAUUCGGAAACUGGAGUAGUCCACACCCACACUGUCAAAUCAAAGACUGCGGAAGCGUACCUCCUCCACUGAAUGGCGUGUCGACUAUCGGACCCACAGUGUUUGGCAGCACAGCAACCUACUCCUGUGACGUUGGCUACGACCUCAUCGGAAGCUCGGUUCUUCACUGUGAACCUAACGGAAGAUGGAAUGCUUCGGUACCCACGUGCGCAAUACGUGAAUGCUCUCAAUUGAGCAACCCGACGGAUGGAAAUGCAUCGUAUACAAAUAUAAUUUACAAAUCCGUCGCGACGUAUACAUGCAACAUUGGUUUUGAUCUGAUUGGUGUUUCAACACGUGAAUGUCUCAAUAACAGAUCAUGGAGCGCGGAAAAGCCUUUCUGCAAAAUUAAAGACUGCGGCCCCCCACAUAUAUCCAGCAAUGGUUACGUGUCAGGCAAUCUGACCACGUACGGUGCGUUCAGCCAGUAUUCCUGUAAUACUGGAUAUGAUCUCGUUGGAGGCAGCAUAUCCACGUGUACGCAAUUUGGCAACUGGAGUGCCCCCGACAUAUUUUGCCAAAUAAAAGACUGUGGACCAUUGAACCAGCCCGCCAAUGGACAGAUGACAGUCAAUGCCACUACCUAUUUGGAGACGACCGUAUUCUCCUGCGAUCUGGGUUAUGAUGUAAUUGGUAGUGUGAUAUUGUUGUGUCAGGCUGAUGGAACAUGGAAUGCUUCAGAACCAGUCUGUCAAAUCAGAGAUUGUGGAUCCUUGCUAGCACCAACCAGUGGCAUUGUCGCAAAUGCAAAUUCGUCGUUCGGGUCCAGUGCUUGGUACCAGUGUAACACAGGAUACGAUAUGGUAGGCAAUGGAGUACGUGAUUGCCUGAGUAAUGCCACAUGGAGUGGACAGCCACCCGUUUGUCAAAUAAAAGACUGUGGACCGCUAAACCCUGCUAAUGGACAUAUGACAGCAAACGCCACAACUUAUCUCAGUGUGUCUGUAUUCACUUGUGACGAGGGUUAUACUCUAAUUGGCAGUGAUAGUUUGGUUUGCAAGGAAGAUGGAACAUGGAAUGACACAGAACCAACAUGUAGAAUCAAAGAUUGUGGUUCCUUGCCUAUACCAGCAAGUGGCACUGUUGCAUAUGUAAGUUCUACAUACGGUUCAAUUGCUAGAUACCAUUGUAACACAGGAUACCAUAUGGUAGGCAAUGGAACACGUGGCUGCCUGAGCAAUGCCACAUGGAGUGGACAGCCCCCCGUUUGUCAAAUUAAAGACUGUGGCAGUCACUCUGGAUCAGCAGAUGAUUUAUUACUUAAAUCCAUAUCUGGAACAAUGAUCGCCAUUUGGAACUACUUACAAUAUGGCCGCGCUUAUGUGUAUUGAACGUUCGAUCGGCAAAUGCCAGGGAAAAUGGUAAAACUAUUAGGAAGCGCGAUAAAUACAGUGGAAUAAGGUGUUAAAUACAAAAUGUAGAGAACGUAAAAUAAUAAGUAUUACCGUUGGACAGAAGAGUGGUAUUAUUUUCAACUUUAUUAUUGAGCUGGAGGUGGAAUUGUUAGUUAGCUGGAGGUGGUAAUGUUAGUAGAAAUGAAAAUCAUAAAUAUCUUAUCAUUCAUCAUCAUGCUGAAUUAUCAUCAACAUAAUUUCUGUGGAAAACUGCUAUAUGCAUAAAACUGGUGCUUAUGAUUUAUGUGUUGUUGUUGUUUGUUUUUGUUUUUAAAUAUUUUACCAAGAUUGGAAUUGUACUUGUAUACUGGUAAAAUGGAUU